AUGGCUAGUUUUAGCUACUAUCCUGCUUCAAAAUUGGAACCAAAUGUUCAAGAAUUCAACUUUGAAGAAAUGGCUAUGCAGCAGCUUCCUCCAGAGCUUCUUUUUGAUUUCAACUACGAUGUUGAACAGAGCUUUUAUAAUGAAAAUCAAGAUCAUGAUUGUUAUUUUGAUCCAGACGAGUUUAUUUUACCCGUUGAAAUGAAUAACAAUUCUUGUUUCAUGCCAAAGUACUCUGUUUUUGAGAAACAACAAAUGGUCUUUCAAGACAACUGUCCGUCCACUCAUAAUUCUUGUUUCGUUCCAGAGUACUCUGUUUAUGAGAGCACCCGAAAACGUCAAAAGAUUUUUCAAGACAAGUGUCUUCCAAAUAGUAAUAUAAUAACACCGUCCACUCACAAUUCUUGUUUCUUAACAGAAUACUCUGUUUAUGAGAAAAUUUCUAUGCCUCUUUUUAGUAGCGGGUGCAGUAAUAAUACUGAAGUUGUUGCGAAGAAAGGUGGUGGUAAUAAUAAUAAUGAGAAGAAGAAGAUGUCAGCACAGAGUAUGGCGGCGAGGCAGAGGAGAAAGAAGAUUACUGAUAAGACACAAGAAUUGGAGAAAUUGAUACCUGGUGGACACAGAAUGAAUACUGCUGAAAUGCUUCAAGCUACUUUCAAAUUUAUUAAGUUCUUGCAAGCACAAGCUGCACUUCUUCAAUUCAUGGGAAGAUAUCAGGAGGAUGAGAAAUCAUUUGAAACAUCGUCAGAUUUGCACAAACUUGUUGGAUCUUCCUUGAUCCAUGAGAAGUUGUAUUCAAGUGAAAAAUGCUUAGUUCCAAAAGUGUUCCUUGAAGCACUAGAGAAUAAUCAAGAAUUCCAAAAUCCAAUAGUCCUUGAGGAAGUCAAGUCUUUGAUUAGAUGA